CAACGUCACUUCCUCUCCAAUGUGUCUACAGUGGUACGUGGUUAAAACCAACAAACUCGGACGCCACGUAUACAUUAUUCAUUUUCUUUAUAAGAAAAGUCUCGCUAGAUCGUGAGUUCUUAUGCGUGUCCAAGUUAUUUAAGUCGCUUAAGGGAACUGCACAUUUUGCUUUGAAACAAAUAAGGGGUGGGGACAGAAGUUUCCAACUUCAUCUGCAGAAGUUGAGCGCAAAGUGAACUUCAACAUAGAGUAAACAUGAGUGAACCAGACCAGCAACAGGAUGAGAUGCCUGCAUACCUGAAGGAUGAACCUCCAGCAGAUACCAGUAAAGACCACCCCCAGCCCCAGCCUGGCAUGUUCUCCAGAGUGGCUGGUGGUCUGUUCAGCGUCACAAAGGGGGCUGUUGGGGCCACAGUGGGUGGAGUUGCUUGGGUUGGAGGGAAGAGCUUCAAUCUCACGAAAACCGCUGUAACUUCAGUUGCCUCUGUGCCAGCGAUGGGGGUUGGGCUUGUGAAGGGCAGCGUGUCUGCUGUGGCAGGCGGCGUGACUGCCGUAGGCUCUGCCAUGGCCAGUAAAGUUCCCAUUGGCAGAGGCAAGAAGAAGGACAAGUCAGAUUGAAUCAUGUGGCUCGGAGGUACUUUUGUCAGAGGCUUCUGCAUUGUGUCUUCUUCUUUGACUCCUAAGUGAGUCAUAUUGGAGUUCAUGUUCCAUGUUACGAGCAUAUUUGGACCAUAUCCAUCUGCCUGACCAGACCAAUGAGAUGACAUUCAUGAGGUGGGGGUUCUUGCUCAACACAAGAACCUCAGUGUGUUCUUGUAGGAAUAGGAUAUUAAGUGGGCGUUGUAUUCAGAUUUAUGCCCAAACCGUUUAUGUCUGAAGUAUUACGUUUCUGACCAGAUACGAGUGUGUGCAUGAAUUCUACAGUAAAUGUUCCAUUUAAUGUUUUACUGAGCACACAAAGGUGCACCAUUCCAGGCUUUGUAUUUAUAACUGUAGACACAAAUAAUUCACAUACUGUUUACACACACCUUACAGUGGAUUAAGAUGAAGAUUAUUCAAGUGUCCCUCAAGGUGCUGUGGGGGAAAAUCACAGACUGUGGGGUGCUGUUGGAGUGCUCUAUCUAUCUGAUUGAUAGUUUGUGAGAUUACUUACUUUGCCUCUGGGGUCCACACUGAUCCACGCUGCCCUCUCGCAUCCAGUGAAAUCUCUGUGUCCCCUGCAAAACACAGAGAACCCACGGGUCCAUACUCGCAUAUUCUGGGCUUUUGUAUCUGGGAUUUGUUCUACUUUCAUGAAGAACAUCCCUGCUGGAAAUGACACUUUGAACCUGCCUAAGAUGGUUUGCUGGUCUUAGCUGGUUUAUGGUCUCCCAGCUUUGCUUGUUCAGCUGAGCUGUAGAGUUCCUAAAGCCCAUCUAAGAUCAGCAAACCAGCUUAGGCUGGUUUAAAAUGGUUUUGUUGUGCUCCACUAAUUGCUGUUAGUACUAAGGUGUUUUAGGGAAAAUGUGUGUGAAUGUGAUUGACAAUCUUCAUCAAAAUGUCUGUUUUGAUGACUACAAUUACAGCUGUAUUCAAUAACCCCGUGACAUUAACUGUAGUUUUCUCUCUUCUAUGUUGUUCCAUUUGUGUUUUUUCACUUUCCUUUGUGUUUCUUGGUUUUGCUGUUUUAUUUCUAUAAUGUGAAAAUUUUAAGGGCCAACAAGGAACCACAUAAAGUGGCAAAGCACCACAGUGUUUGCUUCUGUCAAGUAUUUUUCUUUUUCCAUUACCGAAGAAAAAAGUUCAGUGUAUUUGAUUUUUUUUUUGUGUGUGUGUUGUUAAUGGUAUAAUGUUGUGUUGAUACACCAUAUACUUUAGAGUAUUCAGUGUAGUCUCUCCUUUUAGUGUCAGUUUAUAGUUGUUUGUUUCUAGAUUGAUUUGAGGCCAUUCAUUUGUAUAAUGUAUAAUGUGAAUUCAAGGGACUUAAUAAAUAAAUAACAUAA